AUGGCGUCUAAGGCUGGUACAUCCGGUAAAGCAUCUGGUAAAGCAUCCAGUAAGUUUGCAAGCCUCAACAAAUUACGAGAUCUGGAGCUUAGAAUGAAUGAAGCUCGAAAACUGAAUCACGCAGAAGUUGUUGCAGAAGACGAGCGGAAGAAAAGACCACAGAAUUUUGAGGCUAAGCGCAAACGUGUGGAGUGGGAAGAAGAGCAGGACCAAAAGAAAAAGGAAUGUGCCAAGAAAGGGGAGGACUAUGACCGGGUGAAGUUGCUUGAACUGGGAGCAGACGAAGCUGAGAAGUGGGAAAGGAAAAAGAAGAAAAAGAAUCCAGAUCAAGGAUUUGCAGACUACGAGCAGGCAACAUUCAGACAGUACCAGAGACUGACCAAACAGAUUAAGGCAGAUCCACAGGAGUAUGAGAAACAAAGGGACAAGCUUGGUGAAGAUUUCUAUGCAUCAUCAAACACUCUUGGCCUCCAUGAUCACAAAGACUCUGAUGAGGCCAUCGACAGAAUGGUCGGCGAUCUGGAAAAACAGAUUGAGAAAAGGUCCAAGUACAGCCGCCGCAGGACCUUUGAUGAAGAAGCUGACAUUGAUUACAUCAAUGAGCGUAACAUGAAGUUCAACCAGAAGCUGGAGAGGUUCUAUGGGAAGUACACUGCCGAGAUCAAGCAGAAUCUGGAGAGGGGAACCGCUGUGUAG